CGACACAGCUACACCAGUGACCAGACUACAUUUUGAUUGGCACUUGAAGCUAUGCCGCACGGCCAUGUCUGCGAGACUGAAGCCCAGCAUCAUGAUCACGAUCAUGACCAUGACCACGAUCCUCAAGAGGAGACACAUGCUGUACAAUCUCUCUACGAGCACAUUGAUCUAGGCGCUGUGCGCUGCUUGAAUGAGCAAUCUCCAGGCUCAGCCAGACACAUCAUCAGGCCAUGGGACAAGCGCUGGGAUACAAAUCCUUCUUUACAAUCAGAAGAGGAUGAUGCUCAGCUUCUACUCCAUGUGCCGUUCCAGGGCGGCCAAGUACGGCCUCGCUCACUCCUCCUCAGGUGCCCACGAACAUCCUCUGCACCAAAGCAAAUCAAAGUCUACAACAACAGGACGGAUCUGGACUUCAGUUCAAUAGAUGACAUCAAACCAAUCGAAACAAUCGAGUGUGUCGAUAGUGCGAGUGCAGGCGAUAUCAUUGAAUAUCCCUUCAAAACGCGGCUGUACACGCAUACAGGUGCUUUGUCAUUUCUAGUGACGAGCAAUCACGCAGGGGAAGAGGAUGAAGUGGCGACGGAGAUUUGGUAUCUUGGCAUCCGUGGCGACUUCACGGAAUUACAUGCUGGGCCUGUUGCCGUAACCUAUGAAGCUUAUGCCAAUCCGAAAGAUCACAAAGUCUUUGGCGGUGAAACGAGCGGGCAAUUAGGUACAUGAGGUGCAGAUAUCCUGAGGCAUAGUGUUGAGAUUGUUGCUACAAACUGGUCACCAGAAAACAUAGAGCUUUAGCUGUCUCGCCAUCUGUCUUCAGCUGUGGGCCAUCUGUCUUCAGCUGUGAGGCUACAUCCGUCUUCUUCCUAAGCGCAAUCACUGCUAUGAGAGGGCGCCUGUCGCUUGUGACCGUUGUGCAGUGUGUGUUUUGCUUGUCAUGCCGCUU